AGCUGUCUGAAUUUUGUGAAAGUCUACCAAACGGACCCAGAGGCUCGACUACAGAACAUGUCUUCAUCUACAAGUGAGAAGUCAGCACUGCUCGAGAGGGACUCAGCAGUGAAAGUUUCCAAUGAUGACAAACAAUACAUGAUCCAGAAGGCAAGCCAGCUGGGCUACUGCAUGUUGGUGGUCACCCACCUGUUUGCUAUUGGCUUCAACAUCUACAAUGACAUCACAGUCUUCCAACACACAUGGUGCAAGAACCAGAAGGGUCACGGCAGUUUCUGCUCAAAUUUUACCAUCACUGAGUUGGGCGUGCCUCGCUACUUUACUUCCCAAUUCAAGCUGGUGACUUCUCUAGUUAAUACACCCCUGUUUUUUGUUUUUCUCAAACACAAUGGUCACUUCUAUGGAUUUAAACUGUCUUUUGUAAAGUGCCUUUCACAAAAGUGGUUCCUGGGUUUUCUAUUGUCUUUAUCAAUGGCUGUAACGUGGGACUUCAUAAACACAGCAAUCGCUAUCGAACUUCAAAACUCUGAAGCACUCCAAAUAACCAUCACAGCAUUUGGUUGGCUUAUGAAAAACAUUCUUGAUGCUGUCUUGGUGGUAGCUCUAACCCACUACAUUCCACCAAGCAAAGACAAGAAGUAUUUCCUGCUGUACAGCUUCACUGUGGUUGUAUACAGCAUUAACUACUUGGGCCAGUUUGCCUACUGCUCAGUGCUUGCUGUGUUUAAGAUCAGCCUUGUAGCAAAUAAAACACAGUUCUGGUCCAUGAUAGAUAUCCUGCUGACUGUGGCUACAUCAGGGUACAACAAGACUGUCUAUGAUGCUCUCUCCACUAAGCUGUAUAAAUCUGACAGGGACAUUGUAGCCUCUGUGUACAACCCUCUGCACUUGCAGAUGGGCAGUUCAAAUGGAGAGUCAGGAUCGCACAUAAGGGGAGAGAUGGGACGAUAAGGUUAUCAAGAACAGGACACAUCAGACAUGACAAACACUCUCCUGAAGGAACAGUAAAGUUAUUAUGUGUGCACGUUACAUGGAAAUGUAUUGCACUUUAUACACAUUGCAUAUAGCAAAUGUGAUGAUAGAAAUCAUAUGUAAUGAUUAUGUGCUUAAUAUUGGAAGAUUGUUUAUGUUUAUUCAUGACAUAAAACAGUAAUUUAGUAGAAAGCAAUUUACUGAGUUUGAAGAAUAGCAUUAGGAAAGAAAAUAUGUGAAACUCAUAGUCAUAUACAUGUAUAUAUUAACAAUUCUAGCACCAAUUAUUUUACAUGCCAAGCUUGCCAUAAAGUUAAACACUCUUUUGGUCAACAACUAUUGAGAGCUAAAAAUCUAAUUGACAAAAUCGUAAUUUGUGACUGAUGUGGUUGGAUAGGGCUACAUGUAUAUGAUAAAAGUUUUGCAAGAAACAACCACAGAUAUAUAUUAGAUACAGUAUUCUAUACUUUAUAGAGAGUGAAAGUUAAGACAAGAAAUUCAAUUUCCUCGUCAUAUUACAUGUAAUCUAUGUGCCAUGCAGUUACAGAACCCAUUAUAAUAUAUUUACCAUAACUUAAAAUAUAAUUGAUGGAGUAACAAUUACAUGUUAUGAAACUAGUGUGCAAACAAUAAACUGAGUGAAGUAUAAAAUUAAAAACGUUUCUUUCAGAUCUGCUUUCAAUGUUCAAUAGUUUCUUUGAAAAGUAAUUGCAAAGUAAGGAAGUCAGUAGAUAGUGAAACUACAAUUUUGUCUGACACAGGGUACAUCAGUUCUUAUUCAUUUGUCCUCUAGUUCAAUUAGAAAGGUCAAUUAAUAAUCUGUAACACGUAUGUAGGUGUAGGACUGUAUCAUACUAUGUCAGAUGUUCAAUUGACUAGCCUGGAACUUGGAAGCUUGCCAGGUUUCAGAAAAUGUAGUUCCCCAAAGGUAGCCAAUCCCUGUGAAUGACCAUGAAUGACACAAACAGGAUCUUUUCUUUUCAACAUACCAAAGUUCAGGUUACGUCUGUGUAGCAUAGAUACAUGAAACAGGGAACUAGCUACACAUGUAGGUAUCAGUUCCUUCUUUCCUACUUCACAACUUUUCAUAGCAGCAGAGUGAGCAGACUGUAGGUAAGUAAAUUCAUUUUGCAACUUGAAGUUGUUUGUAAGUAAGUUCAAUUUUUUAGGUCAAAUUUGGCUUGGGUGAUGGAACAAUGGCUCAACAUGAUCUUCAAGUCAACUCUUCAUUUUAUAACACAUUCGUCCUUCAAAAUAUCCGUUAAACAAAUCAAGUCUGACUACAUGUGUAUUCAAUACCAGUAAAAUUGUUAUUUUUCUUUUUCACUUGUAGGGCCGAUUCCAAGCAAGGCUGAAAUUGUAUUUGAGUUGUGGGACUUCCAGAAGUUGAGGUAAUUACACCAUUCAAUAAAUCUUUGGAGAGUCUGAGACAUCUGAGAGCUACAUGUAAUGUAAUGGUGAGAGGGGAAUAUAACAUUUGCAUCCACUAAAUACUGGCCCUUUCUGGUGCUUUCAGAUGGCAAUUGUAAUAAGGCCAAGUCUAAAAAUAACACUUCCUCCUAGAUAACAAGCUUGGCCUUUGGGAAGUCCUGAUUGUCCAACUCUGAGUCUGAUAAAGCAGACUUUCCUCAAGCAGCUGCCAAAUUAAAACAAGUUAACCAAUAUCUGAAAAAUGCUACACUCCAAGCAAGUAGAUGAUUUUAGAUAUGAUCAUAUUUGUUCAAAAUCUAAUGCUCUAAUACAAAUACACAUUUCAAAAUCAUAGAAACAACAAGAUUUCCAACAAUAUAUUUUUUUGACCAUCACUCUUUCUCAGAUCAGAUUGGGAACAUGCAUCCAAAGAUGGUUAAGGCUGGCCAGCUGAGCUACUAUCUGCUCCUCCUGAUUCAUCUGUGUGUCAUCGUCCUCAGCGCUUACCGCAACGUCAUCAAUUUCCAGAUCACCUGGUGUAAAGUCCACAAGAGCAUGCCAACCAUCUGUACAAACUUCAACAACACUGCGCUAGGACCUCCCUUCUUAGUGCCAAAGAUGAAGGUUGGCAUAUCCGUGUUCAACACAGUCAUCCUUCUUCUGCUGGUCAAAACACAGGGCAGGUUUCUGGGCUUCAAGAAGUCAUUUCUGAAAUGUGCA